AUGUUGAGUUUUAUUUUUAUUUCUGUCUUGUUCACUUAUGUUAAAUUAUCGUCAGCAAAUGACGCGAUUCUAAUGGUUAAUCCAACGAUAUAUUGGGGAGUAACAUUUGUACCAAGUGUCAGUUCAUCUCUCUUGGAAAUUCGUCAACACUUUCUUUCAUCAUCACCCCUAAUCACUGAUUGCGCUCUUGUGUGUUUACAAUCACCAAGAUGCUUCAUAGCUGCUUUUGAUUGUCAAGCAAAAACUUGUUCAUUGUAUAGCGAAAUACUAGCAGAUGGUGGACACUUUGCAGCAGCUGCAUCCAGUCAAAGUGCGACAAUCAGCGUAUCGAAAUCAUCAGCAUUAUUUCUUCAAGGUCCAAAUGAUAAUAUAUACCCUGUUUGGAAUACGACUGCUGGCCAUGAUAGUACUGUCUCACUACCUGGACCCCAAAUGGGUGGCUACUAUUCUUCUGGUUCGCCAAAAUAUCUAUUUGAUGGUGAUCUAACUACCGAUGUCGACCUGUACACUCCUUGUAAUCAAUCAUUUUAUGAUCCGCAAUGUGUCGAGGGCACUGGUGCAUAUGCCAUUUCAUAUCGUGGCGCAUUUGUACUUGAUUCUUUUCGUGUGGGUACCGGACAUUAUUACAGUCCAAAUCGUGAUCCGAUAACAAUGACAAUUGAAGGUAGCAACGCCACUAAUUUGACUUCUCUGACACUUGGAUCAAGUUGGACAUUACUCUACAAUGGUUCAACAGGAUUAACGAUUUCUCCCGGAAAAUACAGUUUGGGUGUCAAGCAAACACUUGUGAACAACUCAGCCGCAUUUCGAAGUUAUCGAUUUUUAUUUGUUUCAAAACGAAAUGCCGAGUCUGCUACUGAACUUAGCGAAAUUCAAGUUUUUGCUCGCUGA